AUGGAGAGCUCGUUCACAAACAACGUUCGAAUGCCAGUGCCCGUGAUCCAUGUGAGCUGUACUGGUGGCCGUGGCAGUUUUCACCAUGCUUUGCAGGCCUGCGACGCGCAGUUGCAGAGCCUCCAGGCGGAGUUGCAGCGCGUCUGCGAGGAAGACGUCAGGCACUUGGACUCCACGACCGCAGCGGGCGGCUGCGCUGCAGAAGCUGAGAGCGUGAUCCGCGGAAGCUAUGAGAUCUGGUCGCGGCAUUUGGUCGAGUGUCCCGCGGAGAAGACCUUCCAACUCCUCUGGGCCGGUUUCCGCGAUGAGGAGCGGGAAGGGGCCCUGAUGCCCCUCCGAAAUCGCGGCGGCUGCGUUUUGGAAUCCAAUGACCGCCCAGACACCCGGCUAGGCGCAAUCUUGAACAUGCCGGAGAUCCAGGUGCUGAAGAGCUGCAGAUGGGACAAGGUGAGCCUUUUCUGGGCUGGCACCUCGCGGCAGUUCGCCCAAAACUGGGCUGCACGGCCUCAAGCCGAGACGAGGGAGGAUAGACAAGAUAGCAAUGACUUGGUCAUCGCGCUCGGGUACGACUUCCAGGGCCAAAGCAGGAAGCCAAUCUGGGACACCGUUCUCUACCAGGAGGAGCUCAAGGCUUUCGCCUUCGGAAUGCGGGCGCAGGCCCAGCUGACGGUGCUGGCAUCCCACCCGCGGAUGACGCGCGAGCUGACGGCUGGGGCAGCGGUGGCCAUUUGGGAGCGGGUCCGGCUCUUGGCGGGCGUGGACCUGCCGGCCGUGAAGUAUGAGAAGUGCUCGGGCGCCUCACUGGAGGACUGCAUGGAUGGGGCCAAGCCUGUGUCAAACGGCGCACAGCUCCUCUACCUGGCACAUAUGUACUACUUCGGCCACGGCUUGGGGCGGAACCAUCGGCAGGCAGCCAAGCUCUACAAGAUGGCUGCCGACCUGGGCCUCGCAGCGGCCCAGAAUAACUUGGGCCUCUUUUACCUGCAGGGACACCUAUGGGACCUAUGGCACCUCCACAACCAAAGCGAUGCAAAAAGAGAGGCCGCGCGCCUCUUCAAGCUGGCGGCUGACCAGGGUGAGGCAGAUGCCCAAGUCAACUUAGGCUUCUCUUACGCGACAGGACGGGGGGUCAAGCAAGACGAUGCGGAGGCGGCGCAACUCUACAAGCUGGCGGCUGACCAAGGCAAUGCGGCUGCCCAGUACCAACUAGGUUUCAUGUACGAUCGCGGCCGGGGAGUCAAUCAAAGCGAAUCGGAGGCCUUGCGCCUCUACAAGCUCGCGGCCGACCAAGGCCAUGCAGCGAGCCAAGCCGAAUUGGGCUUUUCUUAUGCGACAGGACGGGGUGUCAAGGAAAACGAUGCCGAGGCAGCACGCUUGUCCAAGCUGGCGGCUGACCAGGGCAUUGCGGCUGCCCAGUACCUUUUGGGUUUCAUGUACGAUCGCGGCCGGGGAGUGCAGCAAAGCGACUCGGAGGCCGUGCGCCUCUACAAGCUCGCGGCUGACCAGGGCUAUGCAGCUGCCCAGACAACCCUGGGCGAAAUGUACCUCGAUGGCCGGGGUGUCGAGAAAAGUGAUUCCGAGGCUGUGCACUUGUUCGAGCUGGCUGCGAACCAAGGCAAUGUGGCUGCCCAACACAACUUGCAACUCAUGUAUCUGAGCCAAGACAACGUCGAGCGUGUCGAGCAAAGCGGCGCAGACCCCCCGCUGAAUAAACUGGCCACGGACCGGGGCCUCGCAACUGACCUGGAUGAGAUGCACCGCCAGGGCAUCAAGCAGAGCGACGCCUGA